AUCCAAAAUGGCUGAAAUCUAAAAGUGUGUAUUGUUUUCUCGUAUCAGGAAAUAAUUGUUAAAAAUGGAAAAUAUUGUCAAGUUUAGAAAUUUCUACAACCUAACGUCAAAUAUUAAGUGUUUUGUUCAUAGAAUUGUAGAAGUUAAAUAUCCAAAGCAAAAGUUUAAGUUGUUUAAAUCAAUUCAUCAUCACCAGAAGGACAAUUUGACAAACGUGAAUUGUGCAGAUCACUUUCAUACAAGAAAGAGAAGUAUUUCAUCACCACAACAUCAAAAAAUUGUACGGAAUCUAAAUUUUCGUGGUACACGAAUUUGUUGUUGGCUUGUUUGAACAAAUUUUAAAAACAAUAUUUUAAAUGGAUUUCACAAAUGUGAAAUUGUUUAUAAAUCCCUUACGACAAGAUAUGUCAACCAACGUAAAAUAUUUUUCGACUGGUGGAUGCUAUUCAAAUUCGAAAUUUUUUAAAAAUGAUUUAGAUAGUAUCUCAAAUCAUCUUUUAAAAUUAACAACAACAAAGUUGUCCAAUUUGAAUGGCGGAUUUGGUAGUGAUUUUCAUGAACAAAGAAUGAUACCCACAAUCAUUUCAUUAAAAAAUGUUAUUAAUUCAAUACCGUUAAACAAUAUUUAUGCAAAUUUAACGACAGAGUUAAUGAAUUCAACAACCACAAAUACAACCACAUCUGAUACAAAUUCAACAACAAAUAUAAUGAUGUCACAUUUAAACAAUUUAACGGAUUUUGAUGAGAUUGAAUUACGUAAAUCAUUGUCACCGAAACGUUUUUAUAAUAAUCAACAAUUACAACAGAAAGUAAAAAGUAUGAAAAAAUCACCAAACUUAAUGUUUUAUCGUAAUUUAAUUGAAGAAAUUGCUGCUGAUCGUAAAAUGGUUGGCAAGAUUUUAUUACCUCGUAAUGAUGUCGAGGAGGAAAUUGGUGUUGAAUCCGUUUCAACACCGAGUUUUGUUAUUAUUGAAAAUCGAAAUCAUAAUAAAUUCAUUGAUUAUGAAAUUCGAUUUCAUGAAGCGAAAUGUAAAAAGUUACCACAUAAAAUUUUCCAAAAAUGUACAGAUAAUGCGGCCAAAUUCGGUGAACCAAUAAAUAUUUUAGAAUUAGAAAAUGGAAGUCACAAUCAAAUUAGCCAUUCAAAUGGUUACAAUCAAGAAUCAUCAACGACAAACGACCACUUAGAAGAUGAUUUUGAAAUGAUAAACAUAAAUAAUGAAUUCAUGAAUACUACAGAGCAACUCGUUGAUGAUGAAAGUGAUGAUGAAGAUGAUGAUAGUUUUAUUGAAUUUGAUGACAUGAGUGAUAAUGAUGGAAGUGAUAGUGAUGAAGAUAAUGAUAAUAUAACAGAAGUUAAUGGAUGUUUUAAGAAUAAUAAUAAUGUAGCGAACAUUACACGUACAAGACUGUUAUCGGAUUGUGAUAGUGAGGAUAGCUUUAUUAUAUUUGCCGAAGAUAAUGAUGAGGAUACAAAUGAUCAGAAUCGGAUGGCAUUAAUACAAGAGGUAGAUGAAGAAUCUGGUGAUGAGAAUGAUGUACCACGUGCAGAAGAUGUAACUGAUUGUUCACCACGUUUAAAACAAAUACAAUUUUGGGAUGAUAUGUUGGAAAAAACAAUUGAGAAAAAGGUCCAUUUUAAACCAGAUUCUGAAUUAUGUAUCGUACAUCCAAUGGUACAAUGGAGUUUUGCAUAUCAAAAUGCCCGUAAAGGUACAUGGGAGGAAGCAGCUCGUGAUCGUAGUCGUUUUCAAUUUCGAUUACGUCGUUUAAGUGAUAUAUUAAAACCAAUUUUAGCAAAUGAACAUAGAAAUAAAAUCUACACAGAACGAUUCCAAGAUAAUACAUAACGCAAUUAUUUUUCUUUUAUAAAAAAUUUUAUAUAUAAAUAUGUAAAUAAAAUAUGAAGAGAAAUAAUUCCAUAUCUUAAAAACGAUUUUAAAUAUCCCUUCGCCCCUUUUCUCUAUAUAUCUUUCUGAAAAUAUAUUC